CUUGGAAUCGCUUGUCAAUCAUUAUACACCACAGUGUUUUGUCAUACUCGGAAUGGACCCUCCUCUAAGCCCAGGAGAACGCUGUGAAGACGAACGUUGCGACCGAAAAUCUGAUGACUACAUUUGGUACUGUGUUGAUUGCUCAUGCCGAUUUUGUGAAUCCUGCUGGAGGUUUCAGCCGCCUCAUCGUAAGGGCAAAUAUGCACGCGACGGGAAACCGCAUGAACAGAUUGACUACCACAUUGCAAAGCGCUUAGAAAGUAUUCUUAACCCAAGUAACGACCGUGAGGAGGUGCGGAAGCUCCAUGAGACAGAUGAAAAGUCCACCUGGUUUGGGUGGGCAAAGGAUGAUAAUCAGUGUCCAGUCCUCGAAGACUUCGGUGCAUACGUCUCUUUGAUGGCAGAGAGUACUCGAGACUCGGUACUGCCGAAAUAUCCUCAAAUCGUGUCAUUCGUAGGAGAGACGAGCAAGUACCAUGAUUCACAUUCGAAGGAACGCGCUGGCAAAAGCACGAUCAUCAACAUGCUCAUCAAACUACAUGACCCUUGGAGAGAGGGAGGGGACGAAUGGAGCAUUCCUUUCCCGGCACCAGUAUGUGGAUCGCCCGCAGACCACAAUAAACCUACUUCGGCGGAUGUCCACCUUUACGCAGACCCAAAGACAUUCUACAGCGACAAGCCCAUUCUACUUGCGGACUGCGAGGGCCUUAAUGGAGGUGAAGAGGUGCCAAUUGCCAAACGUAAAAAGCUCGGUCGCGAAGCGCUCGAGUUGAUGAAGCUAGCCAGAGAACGUACAAGGGACCAUCUUGAGAUUUCGUGGGCUGAUCCUAAGGGCAACGAUCCACAACGGCGCACGAGAGAAUUUGCUGUCAGCGAGCUCUAUCCCCGGAUUUUGUAUACGUUCUCUGACGCCGUCGUUUUCGUGUCACGAAAUGCCAAGACAUUCCAAUCCGGGGCAUUGAAGAAGCUUCUUGAAUGGGGACAAAGAUCGCUAGAGAAAUCAACAAACCAACCGGCUCUGCCACGGGCAAUUGUUGCACUCAACGCGACCGAAAUUGGGGUGGACGAAAGUGAAUGGGAUAUCGACAAAGCGACCGCAAGCCUCCUCAGUAGUGUUAAGAACGCGCUCCAUCCACAGCAUGGAGUUCCGUCAUUCCAGGCCCUUGCAAGAUUCUGGGAACAAAAAGGUAUUAGGAUUACUUCUGUCUAUGACCUUAUUCGUUGCUAUUAUGGCUCAUUUCACGUUGUCACCAUCCCUCGGGGAGGCCGUUAUAGUAUCAUGCAAAGUCAGGUGCAGGCUCUCCAUAAUCGUAUUGUUGAGUGCUGCAACGAUUCUCGCCAGGAUAGGGAAAAGGCGAGACUUCGAUUCACCUCUGAGGCGUUGCAAGUCUACCUGCAAGAGGCGUUUAAGCACUUCCGUAGGACUAUAGAUGAGCCGUUCGACUUCAAGAAAGUAUCCUUUCAAGUCCAUCCUAUACCGGCAAACUUUGGUGGACGCAUUUUUGAGCUGGCGGAAGCUGUGUACGCAUCCUACCGCAGCCUCUCGAAGCGGCCUACGACUAUCGAAGUGUUCACUGAAAUGAGUUCCAUGAUAGCGUCGUGCGUUCUACUCGAUGUCCAUAGAAAUCGAAAAGGUGAGGACAGCGACCCUUUAGAAUAUGAGAAGCAUUUCUCCUUUGCGCUUGAGGAGUUUUGCGGCUCGGCCAUGCCUUGUAGUUUUAGAAGCAAGCACGGAGAGCUUUGCGUCAAUGUCAGUUCGCGACAUAGCUCAAAGGGCCACCAAAACAGCAAGGGUAAAAUCAUUGGAUCGGGCAAAUAUGAGUCCAGCGGCUUCAAUCACAAAGAUUUUUCGAAGAGGUUCAUGCGCCUCAUAAAAAGAAGGCUCUGUAAACUAGAGUCUGAACUACAGGUUAGCACCGGCCCCGAUGCUGAAGGCGGUACAUCUGGCAAUGCGCAGGUGUUGCAGUUGCAUGAACGCACGAUGGCGGAGUUCUAUAAGAAGUUCGAGUCACGACAAAGAAUAGUCAGUCAUCAGGCUUGCCUAAGCUGUUUGAUGAGUCCUCCAGAUUAUGUUUUGCCAUGUGCGCAUGGACUGUGCUCCGACUGUGCAUACUCAUUUGGCACUCGGGAAGACGACACAACGCUAACAUUGACUUGUUGUCCGUUGCAUCAAGGCGAAGGCGCUUGGCCUAGACUGUGGAGAAUCCGGCUUAAGCCUGAGUUUGCGGGAGUUAGAAUCCUUUCCUUGGAUGGAGGUGGUGUGCGCGGUAUUGUAGAACUCGAAGUACUCCGCUUGCUCCAGAAACAACUUGGAGAUAGACUCCCUAUCCAGAACUUCUUCGAUAUCAUUGUAGGGACUAGCACUGGAUCAAUCAUCGCCUUAGCUCUCGGAGUGCUUGGUUUGUCAGUAGAUGACUGCACUACCAAGUUUUCGGAGCUCUGCAGGACGGCCUUUACGAAACGUAAAACCUACAUGACGCUCCGCUCAAAAUUUUCCGCUGUAUUGUUCCGCGGAAGUAUAUACAGAACGCGACCAUUAUACGAUUCUCUGCGUCAAUCCCUAGGUGAUGCUAGGAUAUUUGGUGGUGCAGGGAAGAAGUCACAUUUCUACGAUAUCAAGGUUGCCGUGACGUCGACGGACGAGCUUGCUAAAAACGCAAUCAUCAUGGCCAACUACAAUCGACAGGGAGAAAACUAUGCACGCCACAUCUUUCAGCGUCCAUCAGACCCAAAUAAAGAGCUUAUGAUAUGGGAGGCCGCUGCCGCAUCCGCAGCCGCUCCGCCUUAUUUCACCGCUUUUUGGCAUCCGGAAACAAGCCGCGAGUACUUGGACGGUGCUUUCCACAAUAAUAAUCCAGUAAGGGUUGCAUAUCGAGAGGCACAACUGCUCUGGCCCGAGGUAUCGAAGCUUCCCCCAGAUGUGUUACUAUCCAUUGGAACCGGCAAGGAGGGCGAUACGGAUGGCAGGGCAGAUGACAGACUGGAGAUCGAAUAUGAUUUGCAGCUUUUGAGCGAACGAUUUCAAAGGCAAAAAAAUCACCUUUCCACCAGUAUACAUAUCAUUGAUGCCGAGGUUGCAUGGAAGUUGUUCUUAAGGGAGCGCGCAGUGUCUGCAGAUGCUCAAUCCAGAACCAGCGCUCGAUAUAUCCGACUCAACCCUGAGAUGGAUGUCGUCCCUGAACUUGAUGCCGCUGAGGAUUUGAGCAAGCUCCUGUCAGUGACAUCCAAAGGUAUCUCGGAAGAGACGUUACGUGAUGUGGCUCUGCAUUUAGUAGCAAGUACCUUCUAUUUCAAGAAGCUGGGCUGCUCCGCUCGCAAUACUGAUUCAGGCUAUGAUUGCCACGGUAAGUGA